AUGUUUCAUGCCAUAGUGGAACACGAAUAUGCGAAGCUACGAACCAUCUCACGCUUACGCGACAGUGCAGACAGAAAAGAAUUUAGUUUGGAUAAACGAGGAGACGUGAUGCGAGUAGAAGCACCUCAAAAUCAAGAAAGGUUCCGUGAAGGAUCACCAGCUGCAGGGAUCGGCCAUACUAUUCCACCGAGUCCUGCUAUUCCUGCGAUUCCUGUGAUUUCCGCAGAGUUCCUCUGA